AUGCACUCCACACUCGUUCUUUCGCUCCUCGCGACUGCCGUCUCGGCUCAACUUUCCACAAUCGAGAAGCACGUCGGCAGUCUUGCGCUCUCCUCUUCGUUCGGACCCGUCAAGGAGUCUUACUGGACUGGAUACCCUCACCAUCGCCGCACACCUUUCGCCGUGUCCCCUGACGGCAAGUCAGCUUAUCUAGCCUACCUCGACGCUACCGAAACUGGCGUCCACGUCCAGCAGGUCGACCCUUCGACUUUCGCCGCCGUUGGUGAUGCUGUCACUGUCACUGGUGGUAAGGAGGCUGGUGGUCUCGUUGCCCACAACGAUGGAUUUGCUCUCCUGACCAACGAGGCCAUGCCAUCUGGUACUUCCAACGCGCCCCCUGAGAGCACCCCCGUUGCUGUUCUGUACCGCUACACCUCCGGCAAGGAGACAUUCAAGACAUGGCUUGGUGGCCCAAGCAACCCCGGUGGCAUGGGUAUGCUCGCCUCUCCUGAUAUGAACGGUGACCUUGCCUACUCUGAGACCAGCGGCAUGUACGGUGCCUACUUCGUCGUGACUGCCUACUCUGGCGACGCCCAGGGCCACUUUGGUGAUGCCAUCCAGUACGUUAACGACAAAGGAACACUCGAGCAGAUUGAUGGUGCCAGCUCCAGCUGGGGCUGCUCCCACAACACUGGUAUUGCUUUUGAGGCUGCUGACUCCGCACCUUUCCCGUCCAUUUGCUCCGAGGAUCAGGGUGCUAUCUGGCUUAACACUGGUGCUACUGGCAUGGACAAGAGCGGUGUCAAGAUCUCAAACGAGAACGUCACCAACGGUGCCGGCAACGAGGCUAUGGGUGGUAUGUCUGGCUCUUACAGCGGCCUCGCUCGUUUCCAGGACAGCGACUCGUACAUCUUCUCCUGGGUCUCGCGCGGUGCUAAGGAUCUGAGCGUCAACGACUGGAUGGGUGCCGGCUACACUCACUCUGUCAACCGCACUGUCAACCGCAACGUCGCCAUUUCCACCAUGAGCGACAAGAAGACCCUCACUGGCGAGCAGGCUACCUCUGAGCUUGUUGCCGAUGGUGACUCUCAGGUCAACUGGAUUACUACUGGCUCUGCUGACUGCUCCAACGCCCACGUUGCCACUUUCGAUAAGACUAGCGCUCUCGUCACCUGGGAGGAGAUUGCCGAGCCCACCUGUGACUACAUAGCCAUGGGCUGCAGGGGUGCCUACACCGGUUCCUACUUCCAACUUGUUACCGACGGAAAGAAGGUUGGCGAGCCCGUCAAGGCUACUGAUGUCUACGUGGCCGGCGACAUGGUCACCAUGGCUGACGGCCGUGUCUGCUGGCCUUACGUUGACAUGAAGUGGACUCUCGACGGCCCCGUCCAGAACGCCGCCAGCGUCAAGGAGAUCUCCUUCGCUUGCUUAAGCAACGGCGGCUCCUCCUCGAUACCUUCCGCUUCCGCUUCCGCUGCUCCUGCUUCCUCGGCCCCUGCUACCAGCUCUGCCGCCGCUGUCAAGACUUCUACUGCCACUGCUAUCCCUUCCUCUGUUGAGGAGAAGGCCGAGAGCACCGAUUACACUUCUGAGCACUCUGUGUCUAUUCCCAUCGAGGUCAGCUCCCAAGUUGCUCCUACAAACCCCGUAGAGUACACUUCGGUCGUUUCUGCUUCCGUCCCCACCGAGGUUCCCUCUCAGGUGCCUGCUAUGAGCAUCGGCACUGAUCAGCCUGCUCCUUCUGCCACAUUCACUCUCCCUGCAUCUGAGUCUUUCAACCCCACUCAUGCCCCUGCUUUCACCUCGAGC